AUGAGAGGAGGCAAAGUCACCGGCAAGAGAAAAGCAACCGAUAUCUUCGGCGGAGCCCUACCGCCACCACCACCAUCAGUAGAACACCACCGUCACAUCCCAAACUCAAGAGACUCCGACGCAAGCUUCGCAAGCAGCCGCCCCUCCUCAAUCGGCCUAACCCGAGAUCUCCACUCAGACAGAUCUCACCAAUCCUCAUCAAUCCGAUCAAUCAACACCUUCCUCGCCUCACACAACUUCCCCAUCUCUCUCCGCGCCAACCCCGUCCCUCCCGUCAAAGACAUCUCCGAAACCCUAAAAUUCCUCCUCUCAACCGUCGAUUGCCCCUGCGACACUCUCAAAUGGGACGAGGACGUCGUCUUCUUCCUUAAAUCGGUUAACUGUCCUUUCAAGCUAACUAAAUCCACUCUCCGCGCUCCCAACUCGCCUCACAAUUGGCCUAACGUCCUCGCCGUGGCGAACUGGUUGGUUCAGUACGCUCGUUUCCGUCAGUAUCUAGCGUCUAACCCCUCGGUGGCUCCGGAUGCUAACUCGAUGCGAUUGUUCGGGUUUCAAAGCUUCCGUCAUUUUAUUCGCAAUGAGGAUGAUUUGGUUAACGAUCUUGAUUCGGAUUUCUUGGGGAAGUUAGAAGCUGAGAAGGCUAGUAUUGCUGAGACUAUCUCUAACUGUGAGAAGGUUUCUGGAGAGUUAGAUACGAAACUCGAUGCUCUGAGGAAAGGUCCCUCGAGGAAAGAGGCUCUUGAGAGAGUUAAAGCUGAGCUUGAGAAAGAUGUGAACAAGUUUUAUACGAUGGUUACGGAGCGUAGUGAGAGGACUCGUGGGAUGGAGAAGGUUGUGGAGGAGAAAGAGAAGGAGUUGGCUGCUAAGGAGGAAGAGAAGGAGAGGAUCUGUGAAGAGAACAAGGGGUUGAAGAAGAGUGUGGAGGAGCAGAGUUUUAAUGUGAGAGAUGUGGAGAGGAUGAAGAGAGAGUUGGUGGCUGUGGAGAGAGGUGUUGAGGAAGCUGAGGUUGCUAGAGAUGGUUGGGAGCAGAAAGCUUGGGAGGUUAACUCGAAGAUUAGUAAUCAGUUUCAUCAGAUUCAGAGGCUUGCUAUUGAUUGUAACCAAGCUAUGAGGAGACUGAAGGUGGAUGUACAGUUUGCUGUGAAUGAGAGAGGGGUUGAGCCUGGUGAGGUGAUGGGUGUGGACUAUAAAGGUGUGGUGAAGCCAGCUCUGUGUUCGUUGUACGACGGGGUUAAAGAAGGGUCGAUGAAGAAGGUGGAGGAGCUUGUUACGUUACAAGAACAGGCUUCUGAGUUGGCGUCCAAGAUGGAGUCAAGAAAGCGUCUUCUCGGGUCGAUUCAGUUGCAGAUCAACGAAGCGGAGGAGAAGAUGAGGAUAGUGAAGAAGGAAGCUCAGGAGUUUGCUGCAAAAUGCGACUUGGAGGUGAAAACAAUGGCGGAGGGUUUGAAAACUGAGGAGAGGAAUCUUGAAGAUGUGGAGAAAGAAGCUGCGGAGAUGUUGAAAGCUUCGGAGGUUAGAUUGGAAGAAGAGGCGAAGCAGAGUGAAGCGGAGGUCCAGGCUACUGCUGCAAAGCUAUUUGCGCUUAUUGAUUCGAUAUCGAAACAUAAGGAGUAUAUGGAUUCGAAGAUCUUGGAGGUGAAAACUCGUGUUGCUGAUACUGCUAGUGCUGUUUCGGAGAUAUAUAAGGCGAGUCUCAAGAAGCAACUUGGUGUGUAG